CUCCUCGCCGCAACCGCCUCGCCUGACGCCGUCUCCUCCACCAUCAUCGGAGCCACAUACUCCGCCUCCACCGCAGCCACCUACCCCACCCCUCCGCUCCCGGAACGCGUGGCCUCCACCGUCACCUCCCUCGGCCUCGCCGCCCUCCGCCUCGACGUCUCCGACCCCAACCUCGUCCGCGCCUUCCUCUACUCCAACACCUCGCUCCUCCUCACCAUCCCCAACGCCCUGGUCCCACCUCUCGCCGCCAACCGCACCAACGCCCUCCGGUGGCUCUACGCGCACGUCGUCCCCUUCUUCCCUCGCACCAAGAUCGCCGCCAUCUCCGUCGGCAACGACGUCCUCGAGUCCACGCCGGAGUUCUCCCAGUUCCUCCUCCCGGCGAUCCAGAACGUCCACCUGGCGCUCCUGGACCUCGGGAUCCGCAAGAUCGCCGUCUCCACCACCUUCUCGUUCGUCAACGUCGUCACGGCGCCGUUCCCUCCCUCCGCCGCGCAGUUCAUCGACGCGCCGCUCCAGACGGUGAUCCGGCCGCUCCUCCAGUUCCUCCGCGACACCAACUCCUCCUUCUUCGUCAACGUCUACCCUUACAACCUCUACCGCCUCCGGAGCGAGAUUCCGAUCGGGUUCCCUCUCUUUCAGGAGCACCCCUUCAGCUUCCGUGACGACAUGGCCACCGGAGUCCGGUACCGGAACCUCUUCGACAUGAUGGUCGACGCCGUCAUCUCCGCCAUGGCCGUCGCCGGACACGAGAACAUUCCUCUGAUUGUGACUGAAACGGGUUGGCCCAGCUCAAGCACCGACCCGAGGGAAGUGGAGGCGAACCCGGUUUACGCGGAGCUAUACAUCAAGGGGCUGUUGGGCCAUCUGAAGUCGGGUCGGGGCACUCCGCUCCGGAAAGAAGGGGUGGCUCAGGUGUACAUCUAUGAGCUGAUUGAUAAGCAAGUGAGGCUGGGACGCAAUUGGGGGAUUCUGUUUGCGAAUAUGACCAACAAGUACAAGAACGUUGACUAUCGCUCUCAGUCUGAUAGCGUUCUUGGAGGUUUGGGCUUCUUCAAGAUGGUGCUUAGUCAAUUCUUGAUCUUUGCUUUCCUCUUGCGUGGUAAUGCUGCUAUUUCUCUGCUCUGA